AUGUAUAAAGAAGAAGCAAUUCCAUUAAUCACAUAUGAUGCUUAAAAUAGAAGUAAUUAAAUAUUCAAUAGAUAGCCUACCAUUUGGCAGAAGAGGCGGCAAAAAUGAUUAGAUCUAUAAAUAAUCCCAUUGCAAUUAUCUCAGUAGCAGGUUUGUAUAGAACAGGGAAAUCAUACCUAUUGAAUAGAAUAGUGCUCAACCGCAGCAAUGGUUUCGGAGUUGGACCAACAGUAAAUCCCUGCACAAAAGGAAUGUGGGUUUGGGGGACACCAAUUACAGUGGGAAAGACUUCAAUUUUGAUAGUAGACUCAGAGGGUACAGGAGCCUUGAAUGACUCAGAUGUCAAUCAUGACACAAGAAUAUUUGCUCUUGCUGUUUUACUGGCCUCCUCAUUUGUUUAUAAUUCAGUUGGAGCUAUUGACGAAGGAGCAUUGGAAUCAUUGAGUUUUGUAGUCAAUCUAACAAAAUUCAUAUAAUUGAGAUCAAACGAAGAGCCAGACUCUGAGGAGUAUGGAGAAUUUAUGCCUCAAUUCUUUUGGGUGUUAAGAGAUUUUUCAUUGCAAUUAUUGGAUAACAAUGGGGACACUCUAACUAGUCAUCAGUAUUUAGAGAGAUCCUUGUAGGAAUAACCAGGAUUCUGUGAUAGGGUAGAGGAGAAGAAUAGAAUAAGAAGAUUGUUGAGAACCUUCUUUCCCGAAAGAGAGUGUUUUACAUUGGUAAGACCAGUGAAUAAUGAGAGUCAAUUACAAUCACUUUAACAUUUAGAUCUCAAGUAAUUGAGGCCAGAAUUUUAUGAAUAAGCAAUAUCUUUGAGGAAAAUGUUGUUUUCUAAGGUGAAACCUAAGUAAUUUAAAGGCAAAACUCUUACAGGGGGAAUGUAUAUCAAUUUGAUUGAGUAUUUACAUAUAUAUAUAAUUUAGUUCUUAUUUACAAGCCAUGAAUAGUGGAUGUGUAGCCUCAAUUGAGAGUUCAUGGACAUAUGUAUUUAGAGAAGAAUGUAGAAAAUUAUAAGCAGAGGCAUUCGAUAUAUAUGAAAAGCAGAUUAAAGAAACUUUGCUUUCCAAACUCCCAACUACUCUUGAAGAGGUCAAGGCUUUGAAUAAGAUAUGUAAGUCAAAGGCCAUUGCACAUAUGGGCAAUAAUGCCGAAAUAACUCCAUAUGUAAAUGAGUUGAAACAAAAGAUCAAGGGCAAAUUUGAAAACCUUUUGGCCUUUAAUGAAACUGAAUCUGUAACUUUAUGCAAGUAGUAUUUGGUUACACAAUUUGCUCCAAUUGAUUAAAAAUUAAAAAUGUCAGAAUAUAAAACAUAUUCUGAAUUUGAAAAGGAUUUAAAAUUGUUCAAUAUCUUUUUGGAAGAACAUGGCCCUAAGGUUGUUAGAAGAAAGCAAAUGUUUGUGGAAUUCACACAGAAGAUGACAAAUGAAGGAGCUACAUUUUUUGUUUAAAAUACAUUAUAGGAUUUUGAAGGUUAUAAGAAAUUUUCAGAAGAAUAAAUCAAUAAAUUACAAAAUGGGUUUAAUACUUUAAAAUAAGAUUCACAAAAAUAGGUAGAGUAGUAAAAUUAACAAAUUAAAUAAUUGAAUUAAUAGAAUGCUGACAUUAAUCAAAAAUAUAAAACAUAAUGUGAAGAAUUAGAAAAAUUGAAAUAAAAAAACAGUUAAACUAUUCAAUAGAUGAAAACAUAAUUUGAGAAUGAAUACAAUAAAUUGUAGAGUAGUUUUGAUGAAUUAAAAUAAAAAUGUUAGGUAGCUGAAGAGGAAUUAAAAAAUUCAGAGAGAGAAUAAUUUAUUUUGUAAAGUGAAUCUAAGAAGAAGGAAGCCUUGUUGGAAUAGAAAAUAUCACACUUAUAAAAAUUGAAUGAUGAAUUCAACAAAAAGGAGAAAUAAUAUGAUUCUUCCUUGAUGACUUCCAAGAGUGAGUUCUCUGUUAAGUUGAGAGAGUUGACCACAUCUUAUGAACAAACUUUGAGUGAAGUAAGAGCUUAGAACUUAUAAUUAAAUGAGAAGUUAUAGGAGACUUCAGAUUCAUUGAUGCAAUUGGAAAUCAAAUAUGAAAAUUAUUACUAAGUUCAAACUCAUAAGGAGGAGAGUCAAAGCAAUGCUAUUAAGAAAUUAAUGUAAUCUUAAUAAAUCUUACAAGAAUAAAUUAAUAUAGAAAUUGCAAAGAACAAACAACUUCAGGAUGAAUUGUUAUAGACUCAAAUGCAAGUAGAAUCCAAUGAAGUGGGUGAACAAUACAAAUAGUAAGUUAAGUAAUUGGAAAUCAAAUUAUAAGAACAAAAGUAAAUAUAAUUAAAAAGUGAUGCAGUUUUGAAUCAAUAGAUUUAAUUCUUGUAGAUGGAAUUAGAAGAAAAGAAAAAUACUAUUAAUGAUCUCAAAAAAUCACAUGAAUCAGCAAUGUUGGCCUUGGAGUAGUCAUAAAACACCUAAAAUCAAUAAUAAUUGAAUAAAUCUAUCAUUGAUUUGAAGGAAUAACAUAUGGUUGAAAUUAGACAAGCAGAGUAAAAUUCACAAUAGUUAAGAAAACAAUUACAACAAGAAUUGGAUUAAUUGUAAGGAGAAUUACAAGAAGCAGAAUUGAGAGGGGAUGUGUAUUUAUAAGAAAAGAAUAAAUUGUAAGAAGAAUUAAGUGAAAGCUAUUAGGUUUAAGAUGAAUUGAAAUAGAAGAUCCAACAAUAAUAGAAGGAAAUGGAAUCAAAUAAGUAUACUCAAUUUAGAGAGAAAGAAUUGAGAAUGAAUUAAAGAAUAAAAUAAUUAGAAGAGGAAUUAAGUUAAUGCAAAUAACAAAUCUAAAAUAUGGGUAAUCUAGAUAAGAAUAGUAUUGAGUAAUAAGUGAAUGAAUUAAGAAAUUAUUAUGAAAUGGAGAAGGAUGUUUUGGAGAGAAGAAUUCAUGAAGAAAGAUAGAAGGCUGAUUAGAAAUAUUAAAUAUUAUUUGAAGAAUAAGAGUAGAAGAUGAGAGAUGAACAAUAGUAAUAUGAAGAAGAAAUAGAGACAUUGAAAGAUGAAUUGAGAGAUUUGGAAAUCAACUUAACUACUUAAUAAUAAUAAUAUGAUAAUGAAAUAGAAUUAAAGAAUAAACAACUUAAUUCUAUGGAGAAUAUCUUGAAUGAAACAAAAGAAUAAUUAGUAUAAUUACAAAAUACUUUCUAAACUUAAGUUGAAUAGAGAAUCAACAAUCUAAAUGUAGCGAUCCAAUCAUUGGAAAGUCAAUUAACUAAUUAAUAAUAGAAUAAUCAACAAUUAGUUAAAGAAAAUCAAUUAAUGACUUAGAAGGUAGAAAACUUGGAUGUCAAACUCUAAUAAAAAUUAAGUGAAUUCAAAUAAUUGAAAGAAGAUUAAGAAAAGGAGAAGACUUAAUUAUAAGAGACGUUACAAGAUUUGAGAAGAAAAUACACAGCAACUUGUGAUGAAUAUUUAGAGAAAAAGAUUAAUUACGAGAAGGCUAUAGCAUUAAGUGCUUAACAAAAUGAAUUCUUUGCCAAGAAGGUAGAAGAAUUGGAAAGACAGUUGGAGAGUUGCAAUCUUAAAUACGAAGAGAGAAUCAAGAUCUAGAAAUAGGAAUGGACUUAAGAAUUAUCAGAUAGAUUAUCAAAAUUAAAUGAAGAAAAGCAAUUGAUUGAAUCUAAAAGCACAUAGCUUAAAAAACAAUUGAGAGAAAAAGAAACUUAGUUGUUAAAGGCAUAAUAAGAUUUGGAGAAGGAAACUGCCUUGUCAACUGAAAAGAUUGUGUAUUUAGAAUAGAAAUUAAGAGAACAUGAACAACAAACAUCUUCAGAGAAUAGUAAUGCUGCCAUGCAAUUGAAAUAGUUAAGAGAAUAAUUUAAUCUAUUAAAAUCCAAAUCGUCUUCAGAUAUUGAAUAACUAAAAUCAUAAUUGACUAAUCUUGAAUUUGAGAAGUAAGAAUUGUAGGCCAAUUAUGAGAAAGAUAAGAUUUUAUGGGUAAUAUUAUAAUUUAAUAUUUUUAGUAAGGUAAAACAUAGUUCUUAGAAUCAUAAAGAGAAUCUUUGAAACAAGAAUUAGCUGAUGCCAUGAGGAAAUUUGAAACAACAAUUUAAACAUUGCAAAGGUAGAGAAGCCUCGAGAGAAAUGAUCAUAAUUAAGAUAUCACAGAAAUGUUGAAUUAGAUUGAGAGAAAGUAUUAGGAUUAAGUGAAAGAUAUUUAACAAUAACAUUAAAAGAAAUGCGAUGAUUAUUAAGAGAGAAUUGAGAGAUUGGAAAAGGAACUUAAGUAAUCUUAAAGUAAAGAAUUGCUGGAUUAAUAAUCAAAGAUUGGAUAACAAUUUGAGAGAAAGACAGCAGAAUUGUUGGAGAAUGAAAAGAGACUAUUAAGUACAAUUGAAGAAUUGAAAUAAGAAAGAGAUCAACGCAUACUUGAACAUCACGAAGAAGUGGAAUAAGAGAAGGAGUAUUGGAGAAAUAAAAUUAAUGAAUUAGAAGAAAGAUAGAGAGAAUCAGAUAAAAAAUAAUCAUAACUCAUCUUUUAUCAUGAAAAGGAAAGAGCUAAAUGGAGUUAAGAAAAAGAUUAUAUUAUGUAAUAAAAGAUGGAAUUGUAAGAUUAAUUAUCCAGAUUGGAGAAGAAGAAAGAAUUAUUACUCAAAGAAAAUGAGAAAAUGAAGAAUUCUUCAAAGAGUCUCAGAAAAUAUAAUCCAAAUCAAACUCUUAAUAAUAGUUAUUUAAACAAAUAAGCAAGUGAUAAGAAGAUCCCUUCAUAAGUAAAUAUUAAUUCUAAUUAAAUAUAGGAAGUAGUUAAUAUGAGUUAUGAUGUUACUAAAUCAUUGGAAGAUAAAGAUCCAAGUGCAAAGGAAAAUCUAUCUACAUCAACCACUUUUGGUAGUUUCAAAAAAUAUUAUUAAAUGAUGAAUUCUAAACAAGUCAGUCCAAGUAAAACUAAAGAAAUUUCAGAUAUUUGAUAAAAUUAAUAUAUAUAACACAAGAA